AUGGACAGUAAUUCUGUGUGUGCUAGGGAUAAGCUUCUCCACAUCGAUAUCCAUAUAGAUGAAAAUGAACCUCAAAGAGGCAUCCUGGACCUCCUCAGCAGACUCCGUCCUCACUGGAAGGCGCAGGACAUUCAGAUGAAGACAUUCACAGAAGGCAUCACCAACCAGCUGCUUGGCUGUUAUGUAGGCUCUCUUCAGGAGCCUGGCUGUGUUCUGGUGCGACUGUAUGGAAGAAUGACGGAGCUUUAUGUGAACCGGGACCGGGAGGUGGAGAUGUUCCAGGUCUUCCACACCCACAGCUGUGGUCCGGAGAUAUACUGCAGCUUCCAGAAUGGCAUCUGUUAUGAGUUUGUCAGAGGAACAGUGCUGGAUGAUGAGCUCCUCCGACAACCCUCCAUAUACAGAUUGAUCGCAGCAGAGAUGGGGAGAAUCCACUCGAUCCAGCCAAAAUGUGGUCAGCCUGUUGAACCUCUGCUCUGGACAAAAAUGUCUCACUUUCUCAAACUGGUGCAGAAUGAUAUCAACAGCAGCCCGGUCGAGCAGCGUUCUGUGUCUCUACAAGAGUUGCCGAGCUUUGAGACUUUGUCAGUUGAAAUAGAGUCACUGAAACGACACCUCUCGAAGAUUGACUCGCCAACUGUCCUCUGUCACAAUGACCUUCUCACAAAAAACAUCAUCUACAACCACAAAGAGGGAAUGGUGAAAUUCAUUGACUAUGAGUACGCCGAUUACAACUACCAGGCCUUCGAUAUUGGCAAUCACUUCAACGAAUUUGCUGGUGUGAAUGAUGUUGACUACAGCCUCUAUCCCAGCCGUGAGCUGCAGAGAGACUGGCUGACAGCCUAUCUGGAGAGUUACAAGCACAGCACUGGACGUGAGGUCACUGUUACAGAGGCAGAAGUUUCACAACUCUACAUACAAGUCUGCAAAUUCUCACUGGCUUCAAACUUCUUCUGGGGUCUCUGGGCCAUCCUGCAGUCACGAUACUCCUCGAUUGACUUUGACUUCCAAAGAUACGCCAUGGCACGACUCAACUACUACUUUGAGAAGAAAGAAGAAUAUUUUGCACUAAAAAUGAGCUAG